CCGUGACCAGCAGAGAAGGUGACGGAGCUGAGACAUGGACAACCCAGCACCAACUGGCAGACUCCUGAUGAAAAAAAGAACCUUCAAGAGAAACUUCGGUAACAAAUGCAAGAACCAAACAUACCUGUGCUACAAGGUGGAGGUCUGGAAGGACAACAUCUGGGCCCCAGUGGAGGGGCUCCAGGGCAUUCGGCGGAAACUGAAUGCUGGCACACACAGGGAACAUUGUCAUGAAGAGUCGUGCUUCCUGGAUGGUAACAAUCGCCGGAAACGCUACCCUCGUGCAGAGUUGUGCUUCCUGGCUCUGUUCCAGUCUUGGCACCUGAAUGAGGGGAAGCAGUAUAGACUCACCUGGUACAGCUCCUGGAGCCCCUAUCCUGACUGUGUUCCGAAGCUGGUUGAAUUCCUUGGCGACAACAGCAACGUGAGCCUGCGCAUCUUCGCUGCUGGGAUCCAUUCCAUAUUCACUGGAUAUAAGCGUGAACUGCGCAACCUGCGGGACGCUGGGGCCCAACUCGCCAUCAUGACCCUGGAAG